CCACUGCCAUCGUCCUUUUUGACCUGGCUAAUCUAAUCUUAUCUCAGCCCCAGUGAAUCCCGUCAAGCUUCUUUUUUUUUGCCAUACUGCUCUGGAAUCCCAUCAUAAUCCUUGAUGUGAAGGUCGGAAGAUCGUUUUGCCAUAUCUGGGAGAUGAAGGCGCAUCAACACCAUGGGCCAAGGCUAUUCUCUCACCACCCUGUCCGCGGGUUCGGCUGGGAUCGAUGUUCCCGAGUUAUCAGACUUGGCGUAUGAGAAGUCUAUGGGUGGUGGCAGGUUUAUGAAAAGUAUCCGAGCCAGACAACAAAAUGGUCUCGUCUUCGUAAAGGUAAUAAUGAAGCCUUAUCCCAGUAUGAAACUGGAGCUAUACAUCAAGGCUAUUCUUCGGGAGCGCAAGCUGUUGGCAGAUGUACCCAAUGCUCUGAGUUACCAGAGGAUACUCGAGACUAGUACCGGUGGUUAUCUCGUGCGCCAAUACAUCCAUAGCUCUCUCUAUGACCGUAUGAGUACGCGCCCGUUUCCCGAGGAGAUCGAAAAGAAGUGGAUCGCCUUUCAGCUGCUCUGUGCACUGAGAGAUUGUCAUUCUCUUGACGUUUUCCAUGGCGAUAUCAAGACAGAAAACGUUCUAGUAACGUCCUGGAACUGGCUCUAUCUUUCUGAUUUUUCCUCCUCAUUCAAGCCCACAUUUCUCCCAGAGGAUAAUCCGGCGGAUUUUUCUUUCUAUUUCGAUACUUCAGGCCGUCGGACCUGCUAUUUGGCACCUGAACGGUUCCUUGAGGCUGGUGAAGAACCUGGAAGCAGACACGUCAACUGGGCUAUGGACAUCUUCAGUGCUGGUUGCGUCAUCGCCGAACUCUUCCUAGAAGCUCCCAUCUUCACUUUGAGUCAGAUCUACAAGUAUCGCAAAGGCGAAUAUAGCCCGGAACAUAGCCAGCUGAUCAAAAUAGAGGAUCCAGAAAUUCGUGCUUUGAUUCUUCACAUGAUCCAGCUUGAACCCGAGUCUAGAUAUUCUGCGGAAGAGUACCUGAACUUCUGGAAAAACAAGGCCUUUCCAGAAUACUUCUACAGCUUCCUACAUCAAUAUAUGUCUCUUAUGACAGACCUAUCGUCGGGUAGGGCACAAAUCGAAGCAGGCUCUGCCACUCGAGGAGAGGCCGAUGACCGCAUCGAAAGAGUUUACCUUGAUUUCGACAAGAUAUCUUACUUUCUUGGUGCCUCACCAGCAGCCACUCAAGAUCGGUCUAGUCGCAGUCGCCCCAAGCUUACGGGCGAUACUUUUCCUGUGGAACUAGACCUUCCGCACUACAGUCCUACGACGACCAAGUCGCAGCCACAAGGAGAUGAUGGGGCGCUUAUUUUCUUGGCCCUUGUUGUCUCCAACUUGCGUAAUACGUCCAAAUCAUCUGCCAGAAUUAAGGCCUGCGACAUUCUGCUUGCUUUCGCCGAAAGACUGUCGGAUGAAGCCAAGUUGGACCGUAUUCUUCCUUAUAUCAUGGUACUUCUCAAUGAUCGUACAGACACGGUCAAGGUAGCUGCCAUCCGUGCUCUCGCUCAACUGUUGGAGAUGGUUCAGGUUGUUUCCCCCGUCAAUGCCUAUUUAUUCUCGGAGUAUAUCUUCCCGAGGUUGCAACCUUUUGUGCCUAGUACCAAUUCCAACCCGAGUCGACUGGUUCGAGCAGCAUACGCAUCGUGCAUUGCCUCGCUUGCACACUCAUCGCUGAGGUUUUUGGACAUGAUUCAGGCCUUGCGCUCUGACACGCGGCUUCCGACCCUGAUACCAGUCGGUUCAGAGCCCAGGUGGACAGAAGAUGCGACCUACCAUAAUCUUUACGACGUUGCGAAGCUUGACCUGCUGGAGUACUUCGAGGCACAUACAAAAGCCCUCUUGACUGAUAGCGAUGCUUCAGUCCGUCGUGCCUUCUUGGGUUCCGUGUCGGAGCUUUGCGUAUUUUUCGGCAACCUCAAGACUAAUGAGGUGAUUUUGAGUCAUUUGAAUACCUAUCUCAACGAUAGGGAUUGGAUCUUGAAGUGUGCCUUCUUUGAGGCAGUGAUCGGCGUUGCAGCUUAUGUCGGUACUACCAGCCUAGAGCAGUACAUCUUGCCUUUAAUGGUACAGUCGAUGACUGAUCCUGAAGAGUUCGUGGUUGAAAGAGUACUGAGGUCGUUGGCAGCGAUGGCUGGUCUCGGGCUCUUCCAACGCUCGACUACCUGGGAGUUGAUUCAUAUUGUAGUUCGCUUUCUGGUGCACCCGAAUGCCUGGAUUCGCGAGGCGGCUGUCCAAUUCAUUGUCGCGUCAACCAAGUUCUUGUCCCUGGCAGACAAAUACUCUAUCCUGACGCCGCUUGUUCAGCCGUUUCUGAAAGUCAAGAUUGUCGGUUUUACGGAGUGUGAACUACUUGACGCUCUCAAGCGACCACUUUCAAGGAAUGUGUAUGAACUCGCAUUCGUUUGGGCAUCGAAUGUGGACAAGGGCCUUUUCUGGAAGGCGACGGCUCGAGAAGCGAGCUUUGCACUUGGCGGGGCUGAUAGUACCUUUCCGAGAUGGGCUCAAAAGAGCUCGAGACUGUCCAUGAGUGCGCAACCAAGAAAUGAAGAGGAUGAACAAUGGCUCGCUCGGCUGAGGAACAUUGGAAUGGGGCAAGAAGAUGAGAUGAAAUUCCUCGCCCUCAAGGAGUUUAUUUGGAGAGUCAUCGCUCGCCAAUCGAAGGACAGUGACACGGGCACAUCGCCUCUGAAUAGUGUCGUAACCUUGACUCAAUACGGAGUCACGCCACAAACCGUAUUCUUUGACAAAACGCAGAAUACCCGAUCUCACACAAGCUCCCUUGGGACCGCAGAGAAUGCUAAAGCAGAAGACCGAAGGCCACACACAAUCACCGAUGCGUUGCUCGAUGCCUCCACGUCCAUUGACAAUAGGCCUGAGUCUCGCCGGAAACAUCUUCGUUCGAGAAGCCAAUUAACUGACCACUUGACUAUACCUCGCCCGAUUGCUAUUAACAAUAUCAGAUCUGAGAACUCCCCUACUCCCUCGCCAAUUGCGUCCUCUCCAGGGGCUGCUGGACCUUCCUCAUCACCUAGUUCUGAUGCCGAACGCAGAGUAUCGGAGGGUCUUGAAAGUCCGGAGCAAGACAGCUCGCCAACGCCCACUGAUGCGGAGAAUCCCACUAUCAAAAGACUUGUCAGCGGAGUACAAAGGAAGUCGAGCGCCAUGAGUUUGCUCAAUCGGAAGGACUUUGCAAAGGCGUAUGCUGAAACAGGCACCAGUCCUGCGAACGCUUUUGGUAAGGUCGACCUUCCUUCGCAGCGCGAAGACGAACAAUCAGUCGCUUCGCCCACGCUCCCUGUCAGGACAGCCCUACACAGUCCACAGCAGUAUCAUGCCAAUCACUCCUACGCUGGUAACGACCCAGUGGUGCUCCGCCUUCUUGACUCGGUUUUCGCGGAGAACUACCCCACUGACCUCUUCGACCUUGGGCCCUACGUCAAGGACGUCGAUACCAAAAAGCCAAUCAUGAAAGCUAGCGGACAGGAACCCAACAAAGUGUGGAAACCGACUGGCGGCCUUGUGGCAAGUCUUGGGGAGCACAGUGGACCUAUCAACCGUGUGGUAGUCGCUCCAGACCAUGCUUUCUUCGUCACCGCCUCUGAUGAUGGCACUGCAAAGAUCUGGGAUACGGCCCGCCUCGAGAAGAAUCUAACACCGCGUUCUCGUCAAACAUACCGUCACUCCACCGAAGCGAAAGUGAAGUCGUUGACAUUUGUCGAAAACACCCAUACUUUCAUAACUGGGGCAAGUGAUGGCAGCAUCCAUGCGGUCAAAGUCGACUAUCAUAACGCUAAUGGGAACAUUCGCUACGGGAAACUUCAGCUCGUGCGCGAAUAUCAGUUAUCCCCGGCUGAUGAUGGCACCGUCGAGUAUGCUGUCUGGAUGGAGCACUUCCGCCCUGAAACACAAUCGACGCUUCUGAUUGCGACUAACACAUGCCGCAUCCUAGCCCUCGACAUGAAGACCAUGCUCCCAGUCUAUUCUCUCCAAAACCCCGUGCAUCACGGAAUACCAAGCACGUUCUGCUGUGAUCGCAAGCACAAUUGGCUUUUGAUAGGCACAACACAUGGCAUUCUUGAUCUUUGGGAUCUGCGCUUCCGUGUGCGACUGAAGGCCUGGGGUCUUCCCGGCUCAGGCGCCAUUCAUCGGCUCCAAGUUCACCCGACCAAGGGCCGUGGGCGCUGGGUCUGUGUCUCUGGUAGUGGUGCUCAUGGCAACGAGAUUACCGUCUGGGACAUUGAGAAAACCCGGUGUCGCGAAGUAUACCGAGCCGAUUCACCAGGACUAAACGCCUCCGGACCCAACGGCACUCAAGCCGACAAUCGGCCCCGGCCAUCCUUCCUGAACGCACGGGACUAUGAAGCCUGGCACGUAGAAGGCGACCGACCGGAAGGCAUGCUCAGUCGAUUCGCAAUGGAAGGGCUGGCCCCGGGGCUCUCCGACCACCCCGCGGGACACUCUCCAUCCAGCGCCCCCGCCGGCAUCUGUGCUUUUGCUGUGGGUUACGACUGUCCAGACGACGGCCGUGACAGUAGCACUCGAUGCGGAUUCAUCGUCUCGGGGGGCUGCGACCGCAAGAUCCGCUUCUGGGAUCUCGCCCGGCCGGAGCUGUCAACGAUCGUCAGCGGACUCGAUGCCGUGUCUGCCGACGGUGGCGCAACGCAGAAACCCCGGUACGAGCUUUCCCAGCCUGGCCCGUCACUUCUGGUAACUACGGAGCACAUUCCUAAUAGCUCUACCUCCUCCUCGAGCGCCACGGGCAGCAGUAAUAAAGGCGGCGGUGGUGGCAGCAGCAGCAGCAGCGGCAAGAAGGGCAGCAGUAGCGGACGAUUGCCCCGCAGCACGGUAAUCAGUCUCCAGCAGCAGCAGCUCCUGAAGAGCCACUUGGACUUCAUACAGGAUGUCGCGGUGAUUCGAGCGCCGUAUGGGAUGGUGGUGAGUGUCGAUCGGGCAGGGAUGGUGUAUGUGUUUCAGUAGACUAUCUCUAUUUCCGGCGACAAAACAAGGUAGUUAGUCUUUUAUUUUUUCUUUUUCCUUUCUCCGAGAAUUGAUCACAUAUCAAG